GCUGAACUUCCUUCGCCUGUCAACUCAUCUAUCGACACCUAUGUUUAAACGGGUACACUUUUUCACUCGACAAGUGUGGCUAGAAGACUUCAUAGGACAAUGCAAUAGUCAUGCUGCUAAAGUCUGCGCGCCCAGCAUACGUAUCCCAACUUCGCUCAUAGCACCAGGCGAAUGCCGCCUCGACGCAGAAAGCCACCUCGCGCCGGCGCGCUCACGGAACUUCCUCCUCUCAAGAUCAUACGCUCCAUCCUCCUUUUACAACUGUUCUACUACAGCGUCGCGUUCGUUCUGGUACUGUUUACGACUCUCGUACUUGGUCAGAGGUUCUCCCCGGCCCUUCUCUUCGACUGGCACAGCAUCAGGGGUGACAACACCGUUGGCUGGACUGUCGGAUUUCUAUGGGUGGUCGACGGCUUCAUAAUAGUAAUACCAAUUCUCCUGCUGGUUGCUCGAUCUAAACUCGUCCCUGACUUCGCGUUGACGAUACAUUUUAUCCAUCUCCUGAUCACCUCAUUUUACACGAGAUCUCUACCGACAAACCUGCUUUGGUGGGGACUGGAGGCCGCCAGUGCCGCGCUCACAAUCAGUCUGGGGGUGUGGGCUUGUCGGUAUCGUGAGCUUCAGCCCAUCUCUUUCGGAACGGUGCCAGCGAAGACGUCGACGGAGAACGCGGACGACAAUGUGCGAGGUGCAUCAGGCAGGGGCCGAAACAUGGACUCUGGACCAAGUUAUGAAAUGGUCAGCGUGACCAGGGGAGAUGAGAACGUGUGAUAUAUGAAGCGGAUUGUUGUUCGAAAAGCCAUCCCGCUACGACGAUGGUAUGUGAAUCCAGCGUCGCGUACCUAUCGACUGUAUACCGGUCAGAGGUCACGAAGGCACCGGAUGCCUUUUCUGGUCUUACGGUUCGCCUUCCGUGUCUGGAGCGCCAUGCCUAUGUAAAGUCCAGGACGUCGCCAUGGACCUUUCCUAGGAACAUCCUGGGGGUUACGCUCUCGGCAGUUUACCGAAAUCUUCUGGUUAUCGUGACUAAACCAUGUGUCAGCCAGGGGGAUUCUGCUCUCGUAUUUAUGGGCAACAAUAUGUGACGAUACACCGCGGACCCCCUGCUCGAGAAAGAUGUGUCACAUUGACUCGGAUUGUCACGCCUCUCGUUCGCAUCCUCGUUAUGAAGGCACAAAACUAGCCAGUGUCGAGCAAGAUCUUGCCACGAAAAUCUGAAUUCGCAUUCAGGGAAGAGCUCAUGCUGCUACGAAGAAAGUAUGAUUCACCUGAUCAUGGCAAGAACUUUGUCAUCAGCCAAGUGCUGAUAGUUGACAGCCUUGGAUGUCAUUGAGAAAGUCACAGUGACGUAUCGAAAGGCAUAUCAGAGAUGGCAUAUCUGAAGAAUGCCCAAGUGUAGUCAUAUAUGGAUGACCUUCUGUGAUGAGAGGACUAUAGCGAAUCUGUGGGCUUAUCAGGCGACGUCGUCAGUUCUGUGACGUCUCGGAACAUUACCAAUAUCAGUCGGGAACACAACAUAUCAUGUUUUUCUCAGGAACAAAUUUCUUCUCUAUCAAAUAUCAAAUCACAACAUGUAUCGAUGACGUUUC